CACAAACUCACCUUCAUCAAUGAUCAAACCUUGGACAAGCCGCAAAGGCGAAAAUGGCACCAACCCCGCCCACGGUCGUCUCCCUCAAACAGUCCUUCCUCACGACGCAAACACGCCUCCUCUCACAGCCCCUCGCGCCGACCCGCGCCUGGCGCAACAACAACAGCUCAACUAACACCAACAAUGAGACGUCGGAUGAGACCAACCCCCCCUUGCCCGACAAGGCCAUUGAUGAUGCCCUCUUCAAGCUCAACCACCGCCUGCAGCAGCACGCCCGCCGCGUCUACGCCCCGCAGGCCACGCGCCACGUCGCCGAGCAGAUCGACCAGCUGUACUGGAACGCCGCCGAGGCCGCCAGCGCACGGGACCGCUCCGGGGAUGAUGGCGACGAGGAAGGGGAAGCAGCAGAGGCGCUAAACCUGGGCGCCGAUCUGGCCAACCCCUCCGUGAUCGCCACCCUCCCCCUCCAAUGGGCCGACGCCGACGCCAACGCCGGCGACGGACCACCACCACCAGCCCCCACCCCAGAAACGCAGCGCUACGCCGCCCUCGCAGCCGACCUGCACGCCCUCGCGCAGCGCAAGCAGCAGGCCGCCGCGCGCGUCGCCCGCCUGCGGCGCAUGCAAGCCCUGCUGGAGCCCUUCUCCCCUUCCCCGCCUUCCCCAACCCAGGGCUCUCUUAACAACGCCGACGAUCCCAGCACCAGCAGCAGCAGCGGCGGUGGCGGCGGCAGCAGCGUGCAAGACAACCUAAUCACGCGCAACGGCGCGAUCGAGGCCGAGCUGUCGCGCAUGCGCAUGCUGCUUGCCCGCGUGGGCGGGCGCGUGGGGAGGUUGAGGGAGGCGGCUGAGGCCGAGGCUGAGGCCGAGGCUGAAGCCGAGCCGGCGGGGGGCGCGGGGCAAGGCGGGCGCGACCGCCGAGGUGGUGGCGAGAAUGGGGAGUUGGCGGGCAUUUCUUCUUCUUCGGGUGGUGAUGGAGCAGCUAGGGCAGGAGGAGGCGGGGGAGAGCGCGGAGGGACGGUUGGGGACGUGGAGGCUGAGGAGCGGCGGAAGGUGGGGUUGUUGUUGGAGAGGUUUUGAGUGUUGUGCUUUGUUGGUUGGGUAGGCUGGGAAGGCAUGGUAUCGCUAUGGGGUUUUGCAUCGACAGGUCCGGUUUUUGAUGGGGCGGCGUAAGGCGCGUGGGUGUCAUUCGGGCCCGACAUUUGGGAUGGGAUGGGUUGUGCGGGUAUACCGCAAGGCCGUGUUCAUUUGCAGUGAUACCCGGGUUACGUACAUACAACGAGGGAGACUGUACAACUUAUUUUGAGUUUGAAGUGAGGGACAGCAGACGGAAGUCGGCCAGGCAGAGCAUAAACGAACAAAAAAACGACUACACAGCCGAAACCUACCUAG